AUGGCAUCAAGUUUUAGUGGAAUGGCCUCAGUUGGUUCCUUGGCGGCUCCUACAAACUUUGUGAUGGAUAACAAAUUAGUAAAUUCUUCAAACAGGUUAUCAUCUUUGGCUUCUAUUUCUUCCAGCUCAUUUGGAAGGAGGAGAACCCUUGUCCUACCUAAAACACGCUCUUCCCAGAUUACAGCUGCUGCCAAGGAGUUGUAUUUCAACAAGGACGGCUCCGCCAUUAAGAAACUCCAGAUUGGUGUAAACAAGCUUGCAGAUUUAGUUGGUGUCACCCUAGGCCCAAAGGGUAGAAACGUUGUUCUUGAGAGCAAGUAUGGUGCCCCGAAAAUAGUAAAUGAUGGUGUCACCGUUGCUAAAGAGGUUGACUUGGAGGAUCCUGUGGAGAAUAUUGGUGCCAAAUUGGUCAGACAAGCAGCUGCAAAGACCAAUGACCUUGCUGGUGAUGGAACAACAACAUCUGUUGUUCUUGCUCAAGGCUUAAUCGCUGAAGGUGUCAAGGUUGUAGCAGCCGGUGCAAACCCUGUUCUGAUUACGCGAGGUAUUGAGAAAACAACCAAGGCUUUGGUGUCUGAGCUGAAAGCAAUGUCAAAGGAGGUGGAAGAUAGUGAACUAGCUGAUGUGGCUGCUGUAAGUGCCGGCAAUAAUUAUGAAGUCGGAAACAUGAUUGCUGAAGCCAUGAACAAAGUAGGUAGGAAGGGUGUUGUGACUCUCGAAGAGGGAAGAAGUGCUGAGAACAGUCUAAGAGUUGUUGAAGGAAUGCAAUUUGACCGUGGUUAUAUCUCGCCAUAUUUCGUCACUGACAGUGAGAAGAUGGCUGUUGAAUAUGAGAACUGCAAGUUGUUAUUGGUCGACAAAAAAAUAACAAAUGCAAGAGACCUUGUCGGGAUCUUAGAAGAUGCUAUUAGGAGUGGUUAUCCAGUUCUGAUUAUAGCAGAAGAUAUUGAGCAAGAAGCUUUAGCCACGCUUGUGGUAAACAGGCUAAGGGGAGCACUGAAAGUUGCUGCUCUGAAAGCUCCUGGUUUUGGUGAAAGGAAAAGCCAGUAUCUUGAUGACAUUGCAAUAUUGACUGGAGCAACUGUUAUUAGAGAGGAAAUUGGUCUGUCUUUGGACAAGGCGGAUAAAGAAGUCUUGGGCCAUGCUGCGAAGGUGGUUCUAACCAAGGACUCUACAACAGUUGUUGGUGAUGGGAGCACUCAGGAAGCCGUUUCCAAGCGGGUUGCGCAGAUAAAGAAUCUUAUAGAGGUUGCAGAACAAGAUUACGAGAAGGAGAAACUAAAUGAAAGAAUUGCGAAACUCUCGGGUGGUGUUGCUGUCAUUCAGGUUGGUGCACAAACAGAAACUGAGCUCAAAGAGAAGAAGCUUCGCGUUGAAGAUGCUCUGAAUGCAACUAAAGCUGCUGUUGAGGAAGGCAUUGUUGUUGGUGGUGGAUGCACUCUCCUAAGGCUUGCUUCAAAGGUUGACGCCAUUAGGGAAACUCUGGAUAAUGAUGAAGAGAAGGUUGGAGCUGAUAUUGUUAAAAGAGCUUUGAGUUACCCCUUGAAGUUAAUUGCCAAAAAUGCUGGUGUUAAUGGAAGUGUUGUCAGUGAGAAGGUUCUCUCAAGUGACGACACCAGAUAUGGAUACAAUGCUGCAACAGGAAACUAUGAAGAUCUGAUGUCUGCUGGAAUCAUUGAUCCAACAAAGGUGGUGAGAUGUUGCCUAGAGCAUGCCUCAUCUGUAGCAAAGACAUUCCUGAUGUCCGAUUGUGUAGUCGUUGAAAUUAAGGAACCAGAACCAGUUGUUGCUGGUAACCCAAUGGAUAAUUCAGAGACUGAAGAAGUCGUUUUAGGAUUUUGUAAAAGAGAAGGAAACCAAAGGUUAAUAAAGAAGAAAGGUAACGUAGAAUGGGAGAAGGCAUAUGCUCCUCUCAGCCAAAGUCCGGGAAGAGAGAUACAGGAAGGCCUCUACAUUUUACCUUCCACGUGGCACCACACAUUUGAACCCAAAAUCCAACUCCCCAAAUUAGAGCCACUAACUCACACACACUCUCACUCAGACAGCUCUUUGGCCUCUUUGGUGGCUUACUUGCCUAGCAGCAGAACAACCAAGCAAAGCUCCGUCACUUACUUCCAUACUACUUUGCUCCUCAACAAGCUCAAUUCUUGGUCUCAUCAUCACUCCUUGAACCGACACCUGUUUCUCUGUUCCUCCUCCCAUUUGCCUAAAGAUUCAAGCUUGAUCAUUGUUAAAGCAUCGGAAACCGAAGCAGCAGAGACUUCCAAGAAAGAAGACAAGGACAACUUUGAGGUGUACGAGGUAGUUUUGGAUCAGCCAUAUGGGUUGAAGUUCACCAAGGGCAGAGAUGGUGGGACUUAUAUUGAUGCAAUUGCCCCUGGCUCCAAUGCUGACAAAACUGGCUUGUUCACUGUUGGUGACAAAGUUCUUGCCACCAGUGCAGUAUUUGGAGAUGAGAUAUGGCCAGCAGCAGAAUACGGAAGAACCAUGUACACCAUCCGACAGAGAAUAGGUCCAUUACUAAUGAAAAUGGAGAAAAGAUAUGGGAAGGUGCCUGACAUGGGUGAAUUAACUGAAAAAGAAAUUAUCAGGGCCGAGAGGAAUGCUGGCUUUAUAAGCGACCGUGUCAGGGAGAUCCAAAUGACGAAUGCAAUAAAAAAGAAGGAACAGAAAGAACGCAGAGAAAGAGAACUUCGUGAAGGGUUGCAGCUUUACAAGAGUGGAAAGUAUGAAGAAGCUUUGGAGAAGUUUGAGUCCGUGCUGGGAUCACGGCCAGAUUACAAAGAAGCUUCAGUUGCAAGUUAUAAUGUAGCAUGCUGUUAUUCAAAGCUAAACCAGGUACAAGCUGGGCUAUCUGCCCUGGAAGAAUCUCUGAAAGAAGGAUUUGAGGAUUUUAAGAGAAUUCGUAGUGACCCUGACUUGGCGAAUCUAAGGAAGUCUGAGGAAUUUGAGCCUCUGCUGAAAAAGUAUGAUGAAUCAUUCAUCAAUGAGAACGCCAUCAAUGCUCUUAAGUCCAUCUUUGGAAUAUUCAAGAAGGAGUAG